AUGAGUUCCCAGCGCGAAGAUUCCAUCCCGCAUGAGCUACGCACUGCCGCCGAGCCCCGACAGAACAGAUUGUACCCAGUGCGUCUCGCGCAUGUGGAGCAAGUCAACCCGUCAAUCCGGCUACUACAAUUCGCUAUCCCCAAACCGGAAAACAGUGAUAACCACCAGCAGCCAUUUGCCUUUUCGCCGGGUCAAUGGCUAGAUGUUCAUAUCCCAUCUAUUGCCAACGCUGGCGGGUUCACAAUUACUUCUACCCCGGCUGAUGCACAAGCUUUGCCCCCACUAGCAGCCGACGGUGUCAAUGAAAGUGUCGCUGCCUCUUUAGAUACACAGGGCCGAGAACCAUACGUGGAGUUGGCAGUCCAGGACUCCCCAUCCAAUCCACCAGCGGCAUGGCUGUGGAAACCAAAGCAGGAAAUCAUUGGCAAAGAAGUAAAUAUUCGAGUAGGAGGUAGCUUUGUGUGGCCACCGACUACUGGAAUAGAUGCUCGAAAAGUGGAGAACGUGGUACUUAUUGCUGGUGGUGUGGGUAUCAAUCCUUUGAUUUCUAUCCUUUCCCAUCUCGGUCAGAUCCAAAGUGACCAUCCCUUGGACAUUCACUUCUUAUACUCUACUCGGCUUUCCGAAGAUCAAGCCACAGGGACACAGGAGUCUGCAAUGGAUCAGAUUCUAUUUCUUCCUCGAUUGCGCCAUAUUAUUCGUGUUCAUGGAUCCAGAUCUCACCUUCGUAUAUCUCUGGAUCUAUUUCUUACUAAUUCAGCUGUGGCUCGCUUCUCAAUCAAGUCCCCUGCUGAUUUCAAAAUUCAUACAAGGCGUAUCAACGAUGGAGAUAUUCGUUCCGCGAUUGGGAGCCAAAAAGGGGAGAUAGAUACACGGGGAACAGUGGCUUAUGUUUGCGGGCCACCAGUCAUGACUGAUGAACUGGUUGCACGGGCACAAGAAAUGUUGGGUGAAGGGGGAACCCAAAGAGUGUUUUUUGAGAAAUGGUGGUGA